GAUCUCGCGAGCCAGAUUUGAGGAUCACUGCCCUACACCCUUCGAAGGGCAGAGCCUUGAACAUCAACUGAUCACAGAUGGAAAUCAUUUCCAUGCUCCUCUGCUAAAUUUGCAUUCAGGGGAUACAUAUCAUUUUAUUGGAUUUGCUUCAUCUUGCGGUAACAGUGUUAAAGUAGCCCAAUUCCGCGCUAAAAUCGCAGACUUGGCAUCACUGUUCCCGAAGUGCCCUUCAAAGAAAGAAAAAAAACAAAACAAAAAAUAAGUGCUCUCAUUGGCUGGUUACCUUACGUCACUCUCCUGCGCCGCGUGGCGUGUCUCCUUGACUCAAGUUACCGGUGAUCGAGAUCGUUGUUACAAAAUGAUCCUGCAUUGAAGAAGGUCAAUAGGCACAUGCGAGUAUGUCUGAAACGUGGCUUUACCCUACUAUUUUACUAUGCAUUUAUGGAUUUUUCUCCAGCCACAGACCACUGGAACCUUUUCUAACCCCGUUUUUGAUGGGACCUGAUAAAAACCUUACGGAAACAGAGGUUGUGAGUGAGAUCUAUCCAUUCUGGACAUAUUCCUACCUUGUGCUGCUAUUCCCUGUUUUCCUGGCCACAGAUUAUCUUCGCUACAAACCUGUGCUCAUUGUCCAGGCGGCCAGCUUCAUAGUGACAUAUGCUUUGCUCGUGACAGUCCGGAGUGUGAGGGCCAUGCAGUUAUUGGAGUUCUUUUUCGGUCUGGCGACUGCCACUGAAGUUGCCUACUACUCCUACAUCUACAGUGUCGUGGAGCCAUCUCAUUAUCAGAGGGUGACUGGUUUUUGCCGCUGUGUCACACUGUUGGGCUCCGCCAUUGGCUCACUGAUGGGACAGAUCCUGGUGUCUGUAGGCCAGGUGCCUCUGUUUUAUUUGAGCAUCAUCACACUGGUGUCCUCCUGCAUAGCCUUUGUUGCUCCUUGGUUCCUACCCAUGCCCAGUAAGAGCCUGUUCUUUCACCACAGAGAGAGUAGCUCUCAGGAUGAAGGAGCUCUGGAACCCAUUAACAGACGUCAGCUGAUCGAGAAGCCAGAGGAUCCAGAGUCCAAAAUACAGCUUAGUGCAGAUGAAAGAAUGACACUAAGGCCACAAAGGAGGCUUCUCUCACUCCAUUUGAAUUUCCAGGCUCUCAAGGACAUUACCAGAAGAAGUGGAUUACUGGAAGUGUUAAAAAUGCUUUGGUCAGACUUCCUUGAGUGUUACUCCUGCUCUACCCUACUGGCCUGGUCAGUGUGGUGGACUUUAUCCACAUGUGGUUACCUCCAGGUGAUUAAUUAUGCUCAAGCACUUUGGGAGAAAAUCUUGCCUUCCAGUGAUUUUGAAGUCUACAAUGGAUACGUGGAGACAAUAUCUACAUUGCUUGGUGCUUUUGCAGCAUUUGUUGUAGGCUUUGUGAAAGUGUCCUGGGCAGUGUGGGGAGAGCUUGCUCUCUGCAUUUUUUCUGUGGUAAUUGCAGUGUGUGUGUACCUCAUGGACACCAUUAGAAAUAUCUGGGUUUGCUACACUUCCUACAUGCUCUUCAGAGCUACCUACAUGCUGCUUAUCACCAUCGCAACGUAUCAGAUAGCUGCUAACCUAAGUAUGAGAAGAUAUGCUUUGGUUUUUGGAGUAAACACUUUCAUCGCACUUCUACUGCAGACGCUUCUUACUGUAAUUGUAGUAGAUUCUGCUGGUCUAGGCCUGGAAAUUUUUCUACAGUUUCUGAUCUAUGCUAGUUACUUUGCUGUAAUAGCUGUGAUAUUCUUGAUUGCUUGGCUGUAUAAACUGUACAAAAGAAGGGGACCUGAACGACAGAAUGAAAUACCCUCAACAGAAACAGUUCCAGAAGCUUGAGACACCUCACAUCAGCAUCCGUUAAGCACAAGCAUAAUAAUCUUUUGUUCAACUGAAUGCAUAGGUCAAAAAAUUGCUGUACGUUAAGAAAAUGCUGCAUUUCCAAAUCGGUCACAGAUCCAGCUUUAAAGGUUAUAAAAACACUGGUGAUUAUGAUAAAUAAUAAUUAUAUAAUGUACUAUUAAGUGACCGUUGGUUGUCACGGAGUGAAGAACAAAAUGCACUAAUUUAAUAUUUUAUUCACACCAUUAUGAUGCCUUAGUUUACUUGAAUUCGAAGCAACUAGGUCAAAAUACAUAGUCUGAACUCUUGUGCUAAUACUAGCACAUUUUGAAUGUAAGCGCUAGUUUGAAUUUGCCGUUCUUUCUGUUGUUCUCCUGACACAUUUGCACCUACAAAAUAAACCUUUUUAUAUAUACAUUUUGAUUUUGAAUAGAAACAUUCAUAUGAAGAUGAAAAACUCCCACAACCCUUUGUCCAGUUUUCUUCCUUGACUAUCAAAUAUUUCUUUGUCUGCACAUUUGGUUGGAGUUGAUUUUGAAUAUCAGCACAAUUAUGAUUGUGAUAUUGCUUGUAUACAACAGUUACACACCAAGGGAGAGAGAGCUGAUAUGUAACCUUUUAGACACCUUGUCAGUAAUAUUUGUCUAUUUGUGGUCUGUCGAGGAAAAUAGUUCCUCCUACCUAGUUCCUGUUGUACCACUUUGUGCAACACAAAGUAGUAUGAUUUUGUUUUUGACUGAAUCUGUCACUAAAUCAAACAGACAAUCAUGUGAUCAAUCAAAUUUGAGGAAUAGUAGUAACUGUUGUAUAAUGCAGUUUAUCAUGCUGUGCUGCUGGCCUUAAAUGAUACAAUUUCUCCUUUAAGUGACUUUAGUUUUGUUGGACAUUCCAUUUGUGUUUUAUUGGUCACACUUUAUUUUAA